AGAUAUCAAAAUCACUCAGAUCUGUGCUUCUUCUUCUUCACCCAGAAAAGUAAAACAAAAGUCAAAACAAUGGCGCCGAGAGCAGAGAAGAAGCCCGCGGAGAAGAAACCAGCCGCCGAGAAACCAGUAGAGGAGAAAUCAAAAGCCGAGAAAGCUCCGGCGGAGAAGAAACCAAAAGCCGGCAAGAAACUCCCGAAGGAAGCCGGGGCCGGCGGCGAUAAGAAGAAGAAGAUGAAGAAGAAGAGUGUGGAAACUUACAAGAUCUACAUCUUCAAGGUUCUGAAACAAGUUCAUCCAGAUAUUGGUAUUUCAAGCAAGGCUAUGGGUAUUAUGAACAGUUUCAUCAACGACAUCUUCGAGAAAUUGGCAUCGGAAUCUUCAAAGCUCGCUAGGUAUAACAAGAAGCCGACGAUUACUUCUCGGGAGAUUCAGACUGCUGUUAGACUCGUUCUUCCUGGUGAGCUCGCUAAACACGCUGUUUCUGAAGGAACCAAGGCUGUUACCAAAUUCACAAGCUCUUGAAUUAGUAAAUUAGGGUUUGUAUACUCUGAAUUUGAUUCUGAUGUUGUCAUAACUUGUGUUAGGAUUUCUCUUUCGUUUUAUUAAGCUUUAAUUAUCAUUCUCCGUUGUAAAGUAAUCUUAUGAAUCUGUCUUCGAAUCAAAAGUUCUGGUUGUUAAUGGCUCAAUGUUGUUCUCUUGUUUAAUCAAUGUAGAAUCAUGAGAAUCA